UUCUGAGUUUAUUUUGAUAUUGAAUGGGAGGAAAAGAAGAUGUAAUUUGCAACGAAGCUGAUAAGUAAUUCCAGGAUUAAAAUGUUUCGAAAUUUAAUGGUUUUGUAAAGUUGCGCAGGUGGUGUAGGCAACACUCGACAUUGUGGUGGUUUUGGAUUAUUUAGAAAAUGAUGUUCUUAGAGUCAGUUAAGGAGCCGCCAUCGAGAAAGACACGACUGAUCUUAAUUGGCUCGCUUGCUGCAUUUGCUGUUUUGCUUCUAAUAGUGUUGUUGGCUGUCUUUGUGCGUGCUAAAAAGAAUGCGCCUGAAGUAGGACCUGUUCUGAAUACAAAGGACAGGAUAGAAUGCCCGGGAUUUAAAGACGAAGCAGAUUGCAAAGCUCAUGGCUGUGAAUAUGCCAAUGUCAAAAGCGGUCCAGCAUGCUUCAUGAAGAAAGAUAAAUUUGGCUACAAAGUUAUUAAAGUUAAUACUGUACUUGCCAAUAAUUCAGAGAACGCAUUCUUGAGCAGCAAAUCUGCUACAACUCCUUAUGGACCUAGUAUGCCUUUGGUCAAGUUUGAAGUCAUAUACAUCACUGAAAAUAUUGUAAGAAUAAAGAUUUCAGACAGUAACAAUCAACGAUAUGAAGUUCCCGUGCAGCAUGAAUUCCCUCUGCUAAAGGAGAAGAUACCUAUAAACAAAGAAAAACUGGCAUACGAAGUGGAGUAUGAAAAAUCCUCCUCCGAUCACGCUAAUUUUUCUUUCUUAAUCAGACGUAAGGCAGAUAACGCGAUCAUCUGGGAUACGAAAAUUGGAGGGUUGAUCUUGAGCGACAAGUACCUCCAAAUAUCGAGUUACCUGCCGUCGAAGAACAUUUAUGGCCUCGGUGAACAUGUCCAUCCAAGUCUUAGGCAUGAUAUGGAAUAUAGGACAUGGCCCAUGUUUGCGCGUGAUCGAUUUCCGGAAGGGGGAUACACCAAUUUGUAUGGCGUUCAUCCUUUCUACACAUGUUUGGAGAACAGUUCGAACAGCCAUGGAGUUCUUUUUCUGAACAGCAAUGCUAUGGAUGUGGUGUUAUUGCCUGAGCCUGGUAUUACUUUCCGAACAACUGGUGGAAUAAUUGACAUGUUUUUCUUUGUUGGAACUCAACCGGAAACUGUUGUGAAUCUCUACACUUCACUGAUUGGAAAACCCAUGUUACCUCCAUAUUGGUCUCUCGGAUUCCAACUAUCCCGGUAUGGUUACAAUUCACUCAAUAAUGUUAAAUCGGUAGUAGAAGAAACAAGAAAGGCUGGAAUACCUCAGGAUGUUCAGUUUCUGGAUAUCGACCAUAUGGAGAAUAACAGAGAUUUCACCUGGAAUAAAAACGAAUUUGCUGGUUUACAGGAGUACAUGCAUAAAACGAGAGAAGAGUAUGGACUGAAAUGGAUAAUUAUUUUGGAUCCUGCCAUUGAAGCUGCACAGAAUUACAGCGCAUUUGAAUCGGGAAUUAAAAGCAACGUUUUUAUCAAAAGAUCCCAUUUAUGGAAACCAGAAAUGUUCCCAGAGCAAGUUAGGAACUACAACAUCACUUUUGGCAAGGUUUGGCCAAACUCGUAUGUGGCCUUUCCAAACUUUUUCGACGAAACAGCAAAAUCCUGGUGGAUUAUGAAUAUAGUGGAAUAUCACAAAGAAUUGCCUUUCGAAGGAUUGUGGAUCGACAUGAACGAGCCUUCAAAUUUCGGAACAAAUGAAGACAGACCUUUUUAUUGUCCAAAGACUGGAGAUUGCUGGAGUCUUAAAUGUCCAAAUAGUCCUUAUGAUGACCCUCCUUACAAUCCCUUAAAAGAAAGUGGAAGUGAGAGACUGUCCAAAAUGACAUUAUGCAUGGAGAGUGUCCAUGACAACGGAACCCUCAACUAUCGGCAUUAUGACGUGCACAGCUUGUAUGGAUGGAGUCAGACACAACCCACUUUGGCAGCUGCUGAAUUAGCAACUGGAUACCGGUCGCUGGUCAUCACACGUUCAACUUAUCCGUCCAGCGGACGUUAUGCUGGUCACUGGUUAGGAGAUAACAGGAGUUCCUGGGAUGAUCUGCGACGAUCGAUUAUUGGAAUGAUGGAAUUUAACAUCUUUGGCAUACCAUAUAUAGGGGCUGAUGUGUGCGGUUUUAAUGGUGAAACUACACCUGAAUUGUGUAUACGUUGGAUGCAGUUGGGAGCAUUCUACCCGUUCUUCAGAAAUCACAACGGAAUGAAUGAAAAAGCUCAAGAUCCCGUUGCACUUGGUGCUGAUGUGGUAGCAGCAUCCAAAAGGGCUGUUGAACGACGAUACAUCUUGAAUCCAUAUUUGUAUACCUUGUUCUUUCACGCACAUGUUGAUGGUUCUACUGUUGUAAGACCACUUUUCCAUCAAUUUCCGGAAGAUCAAAACACAUGGAAUAAUGGAGAACAGUUCAUGUGGGGGAAAUGUCUUCUUAUUUCGCCAGUCUUAACGCCAGGGGCUAAAUCAGUAAAGAUGUAUUUACCAGAUACAGAAUGGUGGCAUUUCAAAGGAACUGAGAGUCAUUUAGAAAAAGUUCGUAAAGAUUAUCUUGAUGAACAUGAAAUUAUGGAAGACAUACCUCUUCAUGUUAGAGGCGGAUGUAUCAUUCCUACAGAAGAUUACAAAAUGGGAAAUAAAUAUCAAACGAAAAACAUAACUUUGUAUGUUUUCCCUUACAAAGACGAAUCUUCAGGUGAUCUGUAUGUGGAUUCAUUGAAUAGUCGUAAACCAAUAGAGAACGAAAAUUAUGAAAAAUUCAACUUUGUUUAUUCAAACUGUACUAUUCUGAUACUGCCGAAAGCGAAACCACAAAAGGAAAUAACAUUUGGAUGGACUUUAACCAAAAUUCAUGUCUUUAAAGUAAAAGCAGCUCAAAAAGUUUUCGUUGGUAAUAUUUCCUCCAAAGGAAAUGAGACAUCCUAUGCAUUCAAUACCACCUCAAAUGUCCUGAGUAUAAAUGUUGACAGAAAGUUUCGUGAAAUCGAAAUAAUCUCUUGGGAAGACGGAAAUAAAUUAUGCCAGAUGCUGUUCUAAAGAAUUAACAUCGUAACGAAGAUUUUCGAAAGAGUAAGAGUAUCUGAAGAUGCAAUCGGGACUGAAAUAUGCACGAAAACAGAAGUCAUUUUGAUCAAAAUCAAACUUUUUAUUGUAUAUAAUGUCUGUAUGUCUCAUAUUUAUUAAAUGUGUCACUUAUAAAUUAUUUGAAAAAUUUCCCCCAAUAAAAUAUUUUUCAUUUGAAAUGAGAAUAAAU